AUGUGGCGCCUGCCCGCCGACGACCUGUUGAGCGGCCGCAGGAAGCUCGUCUACCACGGCGCCGCCGCGCAGCUCCACGCCUGCCUCCGCAUACCGGCGGACCCGUACCAGGUGCUGAACGCGGCGGGGUCGCGGCUUCUGGCGCAGGGCUCCGGCCAGAUCCAGCUGUGGCAGUUCCUGCUGGAGCUGCUCGCCGACUCCAGCAACGCCGCCUGCAUCGCCUGGGAGGGCAGCAACGGCGAGUUCAAGCUCACCGACCCCGACGAGGUGGCGCGCCGCUGGGGCGAGCGCAAGAGCAAGCCCAACAUGAACUACGACAAGCUCAGCCGCGCGCUCAGGUACUACUACGACAAGAACAUAAUGACAAAGGUGCACGGCAAACGGUACGCGUACAAGUUUGACUUCCACGGACUGAUGGCCGCAUGUCAGGCGCAAGCACAGGCCCAGGCAGCAGCAGCAUCUGGCGGAAGUGCGAGUGGCAGUUCAGGUGCAUCAGAUGGACUUUACAAGUACCAAGCACACCACAGUGAGCUGGGGCCCGCACUGUACCCGGCGUCCGCACUCGCCGACUCCGCCGCGGCUGCAGCUAAGCUGCUGCCGAGCACUACCGGGGUCACUGUCCCACCUCCGGGCACGGUCUCACCAUUCUGGACAUCAGCAGCAGCGGCAGCUGCUGCAGCUUCCGGACUGCAGUCCGUGUACUCGGUGGCACCUGUCAGGUACCCGUACACCCCUGGACCGGGGAGUGGCAGCAACUAGCCGGCGGCUCUGUGGCCAGCGUGCCUGACAGCACGAGUGGCCCCGACCCCGACCUGCACGUCCCACCGUCUGUGGCCCGAUCGAGACGGCACUCACAUCGGCAUUUCGGUCGAGCAGCCGAGCCCUUGGAGAACUCUGCUGUCCCGUCCACAUUACUUGUUCUCGUAGUGACUGCAGAGUUUGUUAUUUAUCUCCACUGCAACUACUUACAAAUCAUUCGUGUGCAAAAGAGAAAGGAGGCAACCUGUACUUACAAGUGAAGAACACUCCUAUUUGCCAACCAAUCUUACACACUUUUCACUGCAGUGGUAUGGACACUGUACUCUUCACAGAGCCAGCAGUAUAUGAGUUUAAGACAUGUGACACAGUAAACACUAUUGUGACUUUCAUUAUUAAUUUAGUUUACUGUGUAGAAAAAAAUGUUAAUUUUAUUUGUACAAUAUAUUGUUAAAGAAAGAAAUGAGUAAACUUUAAAAAUUACGGUUUACUUCAUAAUAUAAAAGAAGACAUAGGAGUGUGAGCACAAUUUUCAUCAAUACAGAUGAAGACUGUGUCCUUUAUCCCAUACAAAUUCUACUUUUUCAGUCUUCUAUCCCAUACAAAUUCUAAUUUUCAGUCUCUCUCUCUUUUACUCUGGUAAUAGUAGCAAAAGUUUAUGUAUUUUGUGAAACAAUGACUUACUUCAUUGAUUCUCUUCAGGUAGCAAGUUAGAGAAAAAUUCUAACACUAACUCCCAGUUUUAUACUGAACAAAUUCAUACUUCUUAUGAUACAAAAUAAUUGUUUGAGGUGAAUGUAAAUGUAUUUUCAAAUAGUAUUUAUACAUCUGAAGAAAACUAAACUUAAGCUGAAGCAGUAUGCACCACAAUUUUCAUACAAAAUUCUGUUGGGUGUUUACAAGAAAGUGAUGUACUUGUGAAAUGUUAUAGUUCCUCUGAAACAUUCAACAAUAAACAAAAUUUACAGCUGAUCAUCACUUAAUAAAACAUACAUAAAUGUAGAAAAAGUUUUACUAGAAAUGUGCAAGCCUUAUCACCCCAUUUUACCAUUUUUAAAAUUUUUUUUUUUGUUUACAUUCAAAGACUUAUCUUACCUUGAGGAAGAAGUGUUGCUUUGUUUCGUCUUUCACCAUUAUAAGUUGGAUUCUCAAACUGAACUUAUAUUAUCCUUUACUUUGUAGAGAAACCAGUAUGAGAUUGUCUCUUAUUUUAAUCUGUCUUAACUGACACUUGCUGGUAACAUAUUUAAUUUGUUAAUACAUCUAUUAUGAUGGAAUGCUUCCAAAUAUUCAUUCUUAUGACUUUGUAAUUUCAGUAUUCACAUUUGCAAGCUCCUCAGUCUAGCAUUGUUCCCACACUCAACAGCAUAGUUGAUGUACUUCAGAAUGUUCUUUACUAUAAAUAUUUCUGUUCCCGGAUUUCCAAAAUUUUAGUUUUAAAGUCUUGACACACAGAUCCGCCUGCAUUCCAACAUACACCCCCAAUAGUAAUAAUUCAAAUCAAAUUAUCAUUGUAUAUCGUUCCCCCUGAUUGCACCAUUGUGUUGCAUGAACUUUGCAUGUUUUUUUGCAUUUCACAAUGAAUGAGUUCAGUUGCUGUAAUUACCAAAGUCUCUCUUUUCCACCUUAGGUCAGUUUCUAUACUACAAAUGCAACAUAUACAUUUGUUAAAAACACAUGUGGUUCUGAUCAUUAUACACUGUAUGCUCUUGUGUAAAAUAACUAUUCUGAACUUCAGUUCUAUGCAUUUUAACCAUCCAUUCUUCCCACAAUUUAGUCAAUAAUUUAAAAGACCAAUUAAUAUUAAGUUUUACAUAAAUACGGGACAAUUUCCACUUUUUUUAAUUUUCUAUAGAGUCACUGGCUAUGACACAGUUUUUGAGAUAGUACCUGCUCUGAAUAUUUGAACAGAAUUAGUUCAUAUGUGAUUCUUUGACUGUUACAUAGCAUCUUUCCUACUAGGAAUUUUCCAUUCAAUAAUGGUAAUGGAAAUGACAUUAAUAAUUUUGAAUUGUUGUAUUGUGUUCUCUUCCUUCAAUUAUGCUACACCAUUGUUUAAUGCGUUUACCUUCCUUUACCUGGAGUAUGGAGUCAGGAUAUUUCAUGAAAAUACCCCUAAUAUUUUUUUAGUUCAACACAGUAGUAAAUUUGUAGCUCUACAGAAGGCAGUCCAUAACAAGAAAUGUGUUAAAUCAGUUUCUGAGAGAGUGAGAGUGAGAGAGAGAGAGAGAGAGAGAGAGAGAGAGAGAGAGAGGUCUGUAGAAACUCACUGUAAGAAAAUAGAUUUGCAAGUGUCUUUUUUUCUCAGCAUUGGCGUCACUACCAACAGUGUAUCCAGUUUUCUGGGACAUCAAUGACAGCCUGUGACAACUGAAUAAUAUAGAUUUCAGCCUUACACAGUAAUUAAUAGAAAAUUAUUAAAAGCAAGAAUCAAAAUAGUAUGACAUAUAACCAAAUAUAGAAUAUGUUGUCAAAACUUUUAAAUCUGAUGAAACUGCUACCUAUGUUUAUGUUCCUGUCUUGUAAAUAUGUGUACGUAAGUGUGAGGUUAUGUAAAUAAAUAUUGUGCUGUAUGAAAAUAGUUCACACUGACUAAAAAUUUUAUUAAAAAUAGAUAAAACCUUUAUUUUUGUGUAUACAGAAAACCACAACUUCAUGCCAUCUUGAAAAUGCUUACAAACUGAAAAUUAUCUUUCAUAACAUUGGUAAAUUCUUAUCUGGAGAUAUCUAAACAUGCUAUCUGCUUUGAAAUUGUACUUAGGUUUUUAUGCUACAGAACAAAUAUCACAAUA